AUGAAACGUAGAGGGAGAGAAUCAUUGGGAGCUUCAAUACUUAAAGAACAUUUAACUCAAAGUAAUAUGAAUCAACAACGUGCUCUAGAAAUAUUAGAAUCAGAUUCUUCCAAACUCAGUCAAAGUACUAAGUUUAGUAUUGAAGCUGCUAUGGGUUUGCUUAGCCGGAUGGUAGAUGCAGGAUUAAUGAGAGAAGAUGAGGAGUUGUGGUUAUUUGCAAUGGAUUUAUUUGAAGAUCCUGUGAAAAGAGAAAUGUUUAUAAAUGUGCCACAUGAUCAUGGUAGGGUUACAAUGAAUAAUGAAACAAGUAAGAAGAAGCACAAACUGCAUUGUUAUAACUUUUUGUUGGAUUCAACCUAUACAUGUGAUCUAGUUGCUGCAUACUAUUAUAAGCAUAUAUACAAGGAACCAUGCAUGACAUCACCUCAAACGGGACAGGCUUGGAUGAUGGAAGUUUUAAAUGGCAAUCCUAUACGAUGUGUAAAUGCAUUCAGAAUGCAUCCAAAUGUGUUUACGAAAUUAUGUAAAGAGCUUGAAUCAAACUAUGGAUUACAGUCGAGUGAUAGAAUGUCAACUUGUGAGAAGGUGGGGAUAAUUUUGUAUACAUUGGCAUUGGGUUUAUCUAACAGGGAUGUUGGGGAGCGUUUUCAACGUUCUGGGGAGACUAUUAGUAGAGCCUUUCAUGAAGUUCUAGAGGCAAUAGCUGGUAGAGGUAAAGGUUUUCAAGGUUUAGCACGUGACAUUAUAAAACCAAAAGAUCCAACUUUUCAAUUCGUACCACCUCAAAUCUUGAAUGACAAAAGAUACAUGCCGUAUUUCAAGGAUUGUAUUGGAUGUAUUGACGGUACACACAUAGGGGCCUGCAUCCCAGAGAGUCAGCAACUACCUUAUAUUGGUAGAAAAGGGGUACCAACUUUCAACGUAAUGGCAACAUGUGAUUUCGAUAUGUGUUUCACGUUCGUAUCGAUCGGAUGGGAGGGAUCAGCACAUGACACGCGCGUUUUCAUUAACGCGACCCAAAAUAGUAAAUUCAACUUCCCACAACCACCUGAAGGUAAAUAUUAUUUGGUUGAUAAAGGAUAUCCAGAUAGAAAAGGAUACCUUGUUCCAUAUUCCAAGACAAGAUACCAUCAAUCCCAAUUUCAAAGAGAGCCCCCGAAUAAUAUGCAAGAAGCUUUCAACCGUUCACAUUCAUCUUUACGAAGUCAUAUUGAGAGGUCAUUUGGAAUUUUGAAGAAACGAUUUAAGAUACUUGGUAAAAUGCCCAAGUAUAGCGUGCAAACACAAAUUGAUGUUAUCAUGGCUACAUUUGCAUUGCAUAACUAUAUACGUAAUUCUCAAGAAGAUUUCAUGUUUACUGCAAUGGAGCAACAUCCAAACUACAUACCACGCGAUGAACUGCAUGAUGUUCGUAACCAUGACACAAGCACUAGCGGUCUAUUUGAAGGAACAUCGAAUGAGAUGAAACAUGUUCGCAACGAAAUCGCUACUUUGAUAUGGAAUGCACGACAUUAA